AAACAGCUUUUUUAGAAACCAAAAGUGUGAUAUACUUUAAAUAUUUAAUUAUAUUAUGGUCGUUAGACCCCUAAUCACUGUUGUACGCGCUGGACGCCUGAGUUACACAGCUGGUCUGCAGUUGCAGCAAAAACUGGCCAAACAAAAAACCGCGGAUUUCGCCGAGUUUCGCAAUUUCCUGUUGCUUCUGGAGCACGAUCCUGUCUACACAAUUGGAAUACGCACCAAAGGAUACACGGAAGAGGAUGAAAAACGAUUGCGAGAGCUGGGCGCCGAAUUUCAUCGCACAGAUCGCGGCGGUCUCAUUACCUUCCACGGACCUGGGCAACUGGUUGCCUAUCCUAUCUUAAAUCUGCGUCAAUUCAAGCUGAGCAUGCGUUGCUAUGUUGCAACUUUAGAGCAGACGGUGAUCGAAACAUGUCGCCUGUUGGGAGUACUUAAUGCCAGCACCACUGCGGACACGGGUAUUUGGGUGGGCGAUAAGAAGAUAUGUGCGAUUGGCGUGCAUGGCUCGCGUUAUGUCACCACCCAUGGCAUUGGCCUCAAUUGCUCGACUGACUUGAGCUGGUUCGAACACAUUGUGCCGUGCGGAAUUGAGGGCAAGGGCGUCACUUCGUUGAGUGAGCAGCUCCAACGGCAGGUCAGUCUAUCUGAGGCGACUGCUGCCUUGUUAGCGAGUCUGGCCAAGAAGUUCAAUUGCCAGCUGCUGGAGCAACACCAAGAACGAGUCACAAACUAG